CAUUCGAUGUUCAUCCGCAGUUUGUUUUGGCAUGUGUGAAGAGGUUAUCUGAAAACUUCCUCUGACGAAAAUCGCUUCUUUCUACCUUACGAAGAUAAGUAUAAAUAAAAUAAAAUCACUGUCGGAGAUAUCCGGAGUACGCCACAGUAGAUAAGCGCAUCCUUUCCCGGACCAAGAGAAUGGUAUUCUACUUCACGAGCAAUGUUGUUCAACCGCCGGUGACCCUCUUCAUGGGGAUUGAUAAGUACGAAAACGAAGAGCUAAUCAAAUGGGGCUGGCCGGAAGACGUUUGGUUCCAUGUGGACAAAAUGUCCUCAGCGCACGUAUAUCUUCGACUGGCACCGGGGCAAUCAUUGGACGAUGUGCCGGCGACCGUACUCGAGGAUGCUUGUCAGCUAGUCAAAGCUAACAGUAUUAAUGGCAAUAAAAUGAAUAACAUUGACGUCGUUUACACGAUGUGGGAAAAUCUUAAGAAAACGCCGGCUAUGGAAGUGGGUCAGGUGUCGUUCCACAAAGAUAAAGACGUUCGCAAAAUGCGCGUCGAGAAGCGAGUCAAUGAAAUCGUGAACCGGCUAAACAAAACGAAGCGAGAGGAACAUCCGGACUUCCGGGCGGAACGUGAGAAGCGAGACGCCGAAGAACGAGCGGACAAAAAGCGUGCGGCCCGGGAGGUACGUGAGAAGGAAAAGGAAGAGGAGAAACGACGAAAGGAAGAAGCGGAAAUGAGGAGCUACAACUCGCUGAUGAAGUCGGAGAACAUGACCAGCAACUACGAUGCAGGGAAUGAUUCGGAUGAGUUCAUGUGAACGAUGGCCAACUGGCAACUGAUGUUGGUGGGAAGGAUUAUAAAUUAUUAUCGUAAACUUUUUUUCAACCUGUACGCGACUAAGUACAUUUGAAUGGGAACUGUAUCAAACUCAAAUAACGACAAUUACCUUACAGUCGAAAAAUACUAAUAAAUAUGAAUGCCGAAGAAUAAAAUUCAAAGUUGAAUAUUAACUGCAGCUAAUGCAUCCACAA